CAACAAUGAAGAAAUUACAUCUAACCAAGAGAAGUGUUACCUCUGAAAUCUUCCAGUGAGCACUCUAGACUAGACACACAUCAGUAUUUUUAGGAGCUGUGUUGGAGUUUCUGUGCUGUGGUUAAAUCACCUAUCUAACUCUCUGAGGUACUUACAUGGCCAGAGUCUCUGAGAGGGUCACAGUCCAAUGCAGUUGGUCAAUGGCACAAUGUUUUGGCAGUAUUUUACAUUACUGCGCCCUUUCCACUCACAACACUGAGGGCUACCGGUUGAUCCUGCAUUAUUCCAGGCAGAUGGAGCAAACAUGUGAUGAUAUAGAUGAAAUGUUCAGCAAUUUACUUGGGGAGAUGGACAUGCUGACCCAGAGUUUAGGAGUGGAGACUUUACCACCUCCAUCCCCCAAAGUGUCCAACAAUGAAUUUAGCUUUACAGUUGGUUUUAAAGAUUUAAAUGAAUCCCUAAGUGCCCUAGAGGACAAAGACCUGGAUGCUUUAAUGGCUGAUCUUGUAGCAGACAUAAAUGAUGUUGAACAGAGAACUUUACAAGCCCAGAAAACUUCUUCUGGCAACCAGCAAAGUACAGUCACUCAGCCUUCAAGAGACUUGGAUGGUGACACUUAUUCUAAAUCAAGUCCCUAUGUUACCAUUACUGGACAUUUUGGGGAUGACUUGCCCCCUCCACCUCCAGCCCCUGAUUUAGAGCUUCCACCACCACCGCCGCCACCUCCUCCUGAGCCACUCACCCAGGAAGAACGAGAGGCACAGGCUAAAGCUGAUAAGAUUAAACUUGCGUUGGAGAAACUGAAGGAAGCCAAAGUUAAAAAGCUUGUUGUCAAGGUGCACAUGUACGAUAACAGCACAAAGUCACUGAUGGUGGAUGAGCGUCAGGUGACGCGGGAUGUUUUAGACAAUCUCUUUGAGAAAACCCAUUGCGACUGCAACGUUGACUGGUGUCUGUAUGAAAUGUACCCAGAGCUGCAAAUUGAAAGGUUUUUUGAAGACCAUGAAAAUGUUGUUGAAGUGUUAUCAUACUGGACUCGAGACACUGAGAAUAAGAUUCUGUUUUUGGAAAAAAGUGAAAAAUAUGCCUUAUUUAAAAAUCCCCAGAAUUUCUACCUGGCGAACAAAGGGAAGAACGAAAGCAAAGAAAUGAAUGAUAAAAACAAAGAGGCUUUACUGGAGGAAAGCUUCUGUGGGACAUCUGUCAUUGUGCCAGAGCUUGAAGGGUUCCUUUAUUUAAAAGAAGAUGGAAAGAAGUCCUGGAAGAGACGUUAUUUUCUUCUUCGAGCUUCUGGAAUUUAUUAUGUACCCAAAGGAAAAACCAAGACAUCACGGGAUCUGGCAUGCUUCAUUCAAUUUGAGAAUAUGAACGUUUAUUAUGGUUCUCAACACAAAGUGAAAUAUAAGGCACCUACAGAUCACUGCUUUGUCUUAAAGCACCCCCAGAUUCAAAAGGAGUCACAAUAUAUCAAGUACUUAUGCUGCGACGAUCAAGCAACCCUGCAUCAGUGGGUAACAGGAAUAAGGAUUGCCAAGUAUGGCAGGACGCUAUAUGAUAAUUACAAAUGCGCAGUGAAGAAAGCUGGCUUAUCCUCUCACUGGACAAAUCAAGGGACGGUGGAACCAGCUGCUCCUGCAGGAUCCUUAUCAGCAGGUGCUGUUCAGUCAAAUGGGCAGAUUCCCCAAAUUGUUCGUCGUUCCAGUGCAGAAUUUCCAGAGACUCAGAAGAAAGUGGAUGCAUCAGAGGUACAGGCCAAGUCAAACAACGGCAGCGUGCCCGGCCUGGCACAGGCAGUGGGGAGGCCACAGAAAUUCCAGAGUAGGAGGAACUCGCUGCAGCCUCCUCCUCCCCCUGAACGGCGGUCAUCUGCUAUUUCUGUGUCACCAAUCCUGCCCUCCAAAGUCAAACGAGACAGCGGCAUUUUCCUCACAGAUCCAGACAGCUUUCCAGCCCCGCCACCUACGCUGAAGAUUGAUUUUCCUCCACCACCACCAUCUGAUUUCUGUGAACCUCCUCCUGAUUUCGUGCCUCCACCACCACCAGCCUCCAGUAGCGGUAAUGGAGACCUCCCAUUACCCCCUCCACCUCCUCCUCCACCUGUCUCCAGUAAGCCAUCACCUCCGACGAAGAAACCUGUGCCACUUCCUUCAAAAAGGCUAGAAAACACAGGACAAGCUGGAGAGCCACGGGCAGCUGGGCCACCUCCGACUGGGGGUGGAGGCAGGCAAGCAGAUUUCAUGUCUGACUUAAUGAAAGCUCUUGAGAAGAAAAGGGGCAGCACCUCCUGAACUCUGGGAGCAGAUGGACUUCAAGCCAUAGCUGUUUUUGUGAGGCAUCAUGGAAGGUCACGCUGGAUCAGGUUCCUCCAGGAGGAAUUCUUCUUCAGAGUUCCUCCUGGGGGUCUCAGGAAGUAAAGCGGGGUGCCCUCUGUCCCCCGUUUUGUCCCUGUAACCUGCUUCUUCCUCCCCUGCUCCCCACUGCCACCAUUAAUUGCCAUCCCAGCAUGACACAGAGGUAGGAAUGGGCUGUGGAGUCCUUGAGGACAGCCAGGGAUGGUGGAGCAGCACUUGCAGAGUCGCUCAGUGAGUGAAAUGCACCUUCUGUGGCUGCCUCUCCAGUAGAAUUGGAACUGAAAGAAAAAAUACAACAAUGUUCUUGUGUGGAUUUUGAGAAGUGGGAGGAUCCCUUUUCAGAGAAUUCCCCUUAAACAUUUUUUAAUCAGAAAAACCCCAAUUUGUGUGGGGUUUUUUUUCAAUAAAAAGACCCCAUGUUUUAAAAAAAAAUAGCCUUUCUUAAAAAGUUAAAAACUCAGCUAGCUUGUUCUGAGAUCCAGGGCAGGACUGGGGCCACUUCCAGACAGUGUCACCCCAAAUGUUAAACACUCCUGCUUCCAUAUGCAACUCCAGUCAGACCUGUCAGCACUCACAGUUGCUGCUUUUAAAUCUCGUUUAUUUGGUUAAUCUUAGACAAAGAAAAAUUGUUAUUUUGAAAUCAUGCGUGCUUCCCUUGGUAAGCAGGAUUUUUCUUCCUGUUGGUUAACAUUUGUCUUCAAACUAUACCUAGAAAUAGUCUGUCUUCUGAAAUACUUUGUAAUUACUUUGUACUUGAUGUGAAUAUCUCCUCCUACAUUUUUUUCCCUUUUUUUCUCCCAUUUUAAUUCUCCGUUGUUCAUUUAGGCAGCAUUCAUUAUUAGUUCUCAAAUAAAAAUAGCUUCUAUUUUA